UCUAUCUGUAGCCCUGAUAUCAUUAGAUUUUUAAGAGACAAAACGCAAUUUUAAUGUUUUUUUUCCCUGGGGCACUAUAUAUUUUAAGGAAAGGGGCAUAUCAUACUAGGAGAUGAGGAUGACACAAUAUGUCCCCUUUUAACAAAUGUAGUUUUCUUUUCCCCCUUUUUUAUAUAUUACCCCCUCCCCCACUUGGGAAUCUUCCAGUCUCAACUGAAAAAGGAAAAACCCUCCAGAAUAAAAGGAAUUGGUAACCUACAAAAGGAGGUGACCAUCUUCUCAGUAUGGGAUGCUGUGGGAGCACACAGAACUCCAAACGAGACUGGAGGCCGUUGGAGGAGCACAGUUGUACUGAUAUUCCAUGGCUCCUACUGUUCAUUCUAUUUUGUGUUGGAAUGGGGUUCAUUUGUGGUUUUUCCAUUGCCACUGGAGCUGCCUCACGUUUGGUUUUUGGCUAUGACAGCUAUGGAAACAUCUGUGGGCAAAAGAAUACCAAAAUUGAAGGGUUUAUUAACAGUGGCCUUGACCACAGCAACAACAAGUAUGUUUUUUUCUUGGAUCCAUGCAAACUCGACUUAGUAAAUCGAAAAAUCAAGUCUAUAGCACUCUGUGUUUCUGAAUGUCCUCGGGAAGAGCUACAAACCCUCAAUGACGUUAAAAAAUUUGCAGAAACAAAUGGUUCGGCUUUAUGUGAUUAUUCACUCACCCCUUCCCAGUAUACUACAGACAGCAGAGCACCAUCAUUAUGUCCCAAGCUUCCAGUGCCAAAAAGUGCACCUAUUCCAUUCUUCCAUCGCUGUGCUCCUGUGAACAUUUCCUGCUAUGCCAAGUUUGCAGAGGCCCUGAUCACUUUUGUCAGUGACAAUAGUGUCCUACACAGGCUGAUUAGUGGAGUAAUGACCAGCAAAGAAAUUAUAAUGGGACUUUGCUUGUUAUCACUAGUAUUGUCUAUGAUUUUAAUGGUUAUAAUCCGCUACAUCUCCAGAGUGCUUGUUUGGAUCAUAACAAUCUUGGUCGUAUUGGGAUCACUUGGAGGUACAGGGGUUCUCUGGUGGCUCUACGCUGAUAACAAGAAAUCGUUGAAUGAAAAUCUCCCUCCAGAUCAACUUCAGGUUUCCAAAGACAAUCUUCAGGCCUUGCUUGUUUAUGCCAUUGCUGCCACGGUUUUUACAGUCAUCUUGUUACUGAUGAUGCUUAUUAUGCGCAAGCGAGUUGCCCUCACUAUUGCCUUGUUCAAUGUGGCUGGAAAGGUUUUCAUCCAUCUCCCGCUGCUUGUCUUCCAGCCCUUUUGGACCUUCUUUGCUCUCCUCCUAUUUUGGGUCUACUGGGUAAUGGUUUUGCUAUUCCUUGGAACUGCAGGUGACCCUUUUACCAAUGAGCAGGGCUUUGUGGAAUUUCGGAUCAAUGGCCCAUUACAGUACAUGUGGUGGUACCACCUUGUCGGUCUUAUUUGGAUCAGUGAGUUUAUUCUAGCUUGCCAACAAAUGACCAUUGCUGGAGCUGUGGUAACAUAUUAUUUCACAAGGAACAAAAAUGAUCUGCCAUUUACCCCAAUUUUGGCCUCUGUAAAUCGACUUAUUCGUUACCAUCUUGGGACUGUUGCCAAAGGGGCUUUUAUCAUCACAUUGGUGAAAAUUCCCCGAAUGAUCCUAAUGUAUAUCCAUAGCCAGCUGAAAGGAAAGGAAAAUGCCUGUGCACGAUGUAUGUUGAAAUCCUGUAUCUGCUGCCUGUGGUGCCUAGAAAAGUGCCUAGCUUAUUUAAACCAGAAUGCUUACACAGCCACUGCAAUCAACAGCACAAACUUCUGUACCUCUGCAAAAGAUGCACUAGUCAUUCUAGUGGAAAAUGCUCUAAGAGUGGCAGCUAUCAACACGGUGGGGGAUUUCAUGCUGUUCCUUGGCAAGAUUCUGAUUGUGAGCUGCACAGGCCUGGCAGGCAUUAUGCUUCUGAACUAUCAACGGGACUACACUGUUUGGGUGCUUCCCCUCAUCAUUGUCUGCCUGUUUGCGUUUCUAGUUGCACAUUGUUUCCUUUCCAUCUAUGAAAUGGUUGUUGAUGUCCUCUUCUUGUGCUUUGCUAUUGACACAAAGUAUAAUGAUGGGAGCCCUGGCAAAGAAUUUUACAUGGAUAAGGUUCUCAUGGAGUUUGUGGAAGACAGUAGAAGAGCCCUGAAAGAGCCAGGGAGUACAGCAGAGGGCAGGGAGCUGAAACCAAUGGCUUCGGGGACAAGUACAGCUUGAAUCUAGCCCAGCAAUAUUGGAGCCCAUUGACAUUCCAAAAUAACUCAAGCAGCCAAAAUGAAAGCAGGGUUUAACAUCCUGUCUAUUGACAUAUAUAUUUGCUCUGUCUUAUAUGGGUCUCUGCGAGCAGCAUUGUUUAUAUACUUUUUUCCUUUUUGGUUGUAUUAGGUGUCCAGCGUGUGGAAAGUCAAGUAAUUUAUCAAAAAAAACCACAAAAGUCAAUAUUGUUACUUUACCCCCAUUUUUUACUUUGGGUUUAAUGCUUUAAAACAUGGGAUUGUCUGCAUUUCACUGAUGCCUCUGUGAUCUGUAUUAUGUUUUGUUUUUAUACACUGCUAGAUGGAGCUUUUCUUGACUGUCAGUCUUUUGGGGACAAACUCUAGUUCUAGAAUGUUACAUGAUGAGGGAAUGCAAAAAGUAUGUUUCUUUUUAUAAAAAUGUUAUUACACUUUUUAAUCACUCCAUUUUUCCAUAGAAAAGUAACAAAACAGUCUUUUAAGCACCUUGCUGUAUUCCUGUAAUAAGGUUCUCUCAGAAUUUGCACUAAACAUUUACACAGGCCAGCCUAUAUUAUGGAGGACUGAAACAGGUAAUCAUAAGUAACGGCUGUUUUCAGAAAUGAUAAAGGUGACCAUCAAGUGAUAAAGAACAUGUAUCUCCUCACAGCUGUCCAAACCAUUUUAAAAAAAAAAAAAAAAUCAUUCCAGUUUCGAAUAUUCGCUCCAAUUAUAUGUAUGUGUGAGCAGGUGUCCUCUCCACCCAUUUCUUAUUACUCUGUGGAUAGCAGAGGUUUGUGUUUUCCACAAGGGAACUGAGGUUUAUUUUGGUUGGAUGUAACCACACAACAGGUUUGUUGAAGGGUGUGAAUUGUGACACGAGAUAUUGUACAACAGUCGUGUUCACUAGGUAGUUAGCCUCUUUAUCAACUGCCAAACAUGCAUGGUGCCAGGGCUCAUUUAGCAGUACCUCUGUGAGGUAAUUAAAUUAAGAAUCAUUAUUCCACAGCGUUGUCUCUCUAUCAUUAGCAUGUUAUGCUUCUGCCAUUCCUACCAGACCAACAACUAUUCAACAGAAUGGUCUUCCUUUGCAGAUUUUAGGGCUUUCUAAAGGUAUAGAGUUGUCUUUCCUGCAUACAUUAUGUUUUCUUAUAGUUGGCUAGCAUUAAAGGCAUAAUACUCAAAUUAUUUUUCAUUCAGCUUCAUGAAAUCUUUCAAAACUGUCUUUUUGAAUUUUUUUUAUUAUGUUAUGGAGAAGGAAACUUCAGUUAACUAGGGGAGUGCCAAUAUAUUUAAUACAGUAGAGAAGUCUUGACUUUGGUCCCUAGGUUUUGCGAGAAUACAGAUCUUAGGGAUGUUGCCUGACUACAUCUCCCAGUAUCCUGCAACACGUACUCCAGGGUGGGGAUCCCCCACCAUUUUUAUCUGUGAGCCACAAUCAGAGGUAAAAAGAGCUGGAGAGCAACACAAGCAUGCAAAAGUUCCUGGAGGUGCAAAAUAUGGCCUGCAUUGUAGUUACCCUAGAACAGGGGUCAGCAACCUUUACAAAAGAGCCAUUUUGCCCCCUCUUCCACUAAAGAAAAAUAGUCUGGAGCCACAAAACAUAACACAGCUUAUAAACUUUUAAAAGUGUUAACCUUUUUUAAUUGUAACGGUUAUAACAACAGAAUACAACGAACAGAAUUGCAGUGUGUAUGUGUAGGCCUACUUUGAAAUAAAUUAGACUGAAUAGCCCUAUUAAAUGCUAGUGUUCUCAUCUGUGUAAUGUGACUUCUGUUUCUGAAGGUCCAUGCUGAUCUUCCCUCUCUUGUCUAGAGUGUAUGACCAUGGUAAGGACCAUGAUAAAUCAUCUUGCUGCUGCUCAGUCUUGCCUGUCACUCCUGGGACUUCUAUACAGCCCUCGCACCUGCAGGCGGCUUCUGAGUGUGCAACUGCGGUAAGCUAACCAUUAGCUUAGUGUGGUCACACUCUCAAGAAGUCUCCAGCAAGUGCAAGGGCUGUAUAGAUGGCGAGCAGCAAGCAGGAUGAAGAGCUGCAUGAGGCUCCGAAGCCGCAGGUUGCCUACCCCUGCCCUAGAAGGUAAAUGGGAGCCAAUGGCAGUCUGUCUUAUAUGGCAUAAGGCUGCUGUCUUGGGGAACUAGAACAACUCAAAGGCCCUAUGUCAUACAAUAAAUUCUAACAAGCUGGAUGGAUAUGUUUACAAUGCAGUAGACCAUGACCUCUAGUGGCUAUAAUGAAAUGGUGCUUGUGUUAUUUAAAUACAAUUUCUGAGAAUAUGCUAGCCGCCACACGUAACCAUGUAUAGGUUGUGGAUUUCUUUUUCAAAAUGUUUCUUUAUGCCAGUCAUUUUAAGGCCAUUUGACUUUAUACUUGGUUGUCUAUACCAUGGCCAAAGCCCACCUUAGAUUUUAUACUUUGUCAUCUAUUUGUAAAUAAAUUGUAUAUUAUGCCUAGUCAUUCUCACAGUAUAGUUCUUAUAAUUCAACAUUUGUCAGGAAUUCCAUGAAUAUUACAUUCUGCAUCAGUAGUAUACACCAUGCUGGAAUUGUCAUGUUGUACUGUGGCAAAGUUAGUGCAAGUCUCUAAAACUGCCAUUUUCUACCAUUCAUUCCAAUGGAAUUGCACUUUCUUUGCCUUGGCACCACUUGCUGCAUAAUCCAGAUAGUUCAGCUUGCAUUCCAUAGUCCAUAGUGAUUUUGUUCUUUUGAAAAGCCUAUGUUUUCUAUCUAAAUGUUUAUCCAAUGCAAGGCUGUGAGCAGAAACAUGUUCUUCCCUUUAUUCUCUGAAAACAAGAAGAAAUGAGAGUGCUGUCGUUUGCUAUUAAUCUCCUGCUAAUCAAUUCCUUGUAGUUGCUUGUUUGGGCAUUUAAGACCCACAGUCACUUGACCUUUUAAGGGCAGAUUGUAUGUCUUGUAGUCAGGUGUAAGAUUUCAGUGAAUGGUGCUUCUGCAAUACAGAUGAGGGUUCAGAGCGGCUUUGCAAUAAAACACUAAAACCAACUGUCACCCCCCACAAGAAAAAGUAUUCCUUCAUUAAUGCAGGGCUGCCACCACAAGGCUUUGUCUUCUCCUGUGAUUCUAUGAAAUUAAAAGUACCCAGAAAUGUUUUUUAUCAAUCCAUCUCAAAGACCUGAUUUGUAAAGACAUUUAGAUUUGUUACUUCUUUCUGCACAAAUCAUCUCAAGGUAAAAGCUCUUCAAAAUGGCAGCCUUUAAUAUUAAUAAUAAUCUAAAGUAACAGUAUUAAUGUAUGGAAACACUGCAAAACAAAUGGAGCUUGCAGAUACCCCAAUAAUCAUGUUCUGUGGCUCUUCCUUUGCAGCGUGCUGUAAAAGUUGCGCUGGGUCGCAAAACCAAGCUUUCUACUGCUAUGCAAACUCCUACAGCUACCUGUAUAUAAACCCAUAACUCAUUAAACACCAAUAAGACUGCAUAUGUGGAGCACUGUACUGACCAGUUAUCACUAAGCUUUACUGCAACUUGUAGUCAAACAAGUUAUAGAUAUGGAACACGUUAUCUGAAUUAUGGAAUGAACAUCUUCCAAAGGUUCCAUUUUAACCAAAUAAUUCAGAUUUUUUAAAAAUGAUUUCCCUUUUCUCUGUAAUAAUAAAACUUUACCUUGUAUUUGAUUUAAAUUAAAAUAUAAUUAAUCCUUAUUGGAAUCCUUAUUGGAAGCAAAAUCAGCUUACUGGCUUUGUUUAAUGUUUACAUGAUUUUCUAGGUAGAUUUAAGGAAUGAAGAUAUAUUAUCUGGAAAACCCCAGGUCCUGAGCAUUCUGGAUAACCGGUCAUAUACCUGUACCAAUUUGUACAUUUUUCCUUUUUUUAGUUAGCAUCACAUUUAUUAAAUUUUUUGUAUCUCGGCUUCAUCUUCAAUAUCCUAUUUAAUGGUUUCUCAUGCCUAGAGCUGCUUUGUGAUUUUCCAUAUGCAUCAGCCCUAUGCACUGAAAGACCAACUGUCUCACAUCAUUGCAUGCAUGAUCCAUAAAUACCAACAGCAGCUCAGGACAGUGGGUGUCCAUUUAUUUAUUCUAAUUGUAGGGAUGCUGUACAUGAGGAUUUGUAAUGCAGUCACAUUUUGUGACAUUUGUCCAAACUGGCUGGAGUGUAGCACUCAUAGCAACCUAAUCUACCAGCAGUUUAAUAUAAUGGAAAUAUAUAUAUAUAUAUAUAUAUAUAUAUAUAUAUAUAUAUAUAUAUAUAUAUAUAUAUAUAUAUAUAUAUAUAUAUAUAGUUGCUUUGGGUGUCCGCACUCGAUCUCCAAUAGAGUAGAGGUGCACGAUCAAUGUUCAUAAUAUGCAGUAGUAAUGGAUCAGCACACUCAUUUUAGAAGUGAUUAAAGUGUCUUUAUUGGUAACACAGCAUUGUUAUCCAUAUAUAUAUAUAUAUAUAUAUAUAUAUAUAUAUAUAUAUAUAUAUAUAUAUAUAUAUAUAUAUAUAUAUAAAAAGACCAGCCACACCAGGAUUUUUGCAAGUAGAAAAAAGUGUUAUUGCAUGUAUAACAUGCAAUAACACUUUUUUCUACUUGCAAAAAUCCUGGUGUGGCUGGUCUUUAUUUUUAUUUAUAUGUUGAUCUUACUGAGCGGGUAAAGGACUUGGAACGGAGUGCUGUCCACUACAAUUAUAUAUAUAUAUAUAUAUAUAUAUAUAUAUAUACAUACAGUAUAUAGCCUUAGUACAGGGUCUUAGUUGUCCUUUAAAUUGUAAGUUGUAUUGUCUGUCCAUAGAACUUUGCUUGUCUGAUCAGGAAAAUUCCCCAAAGGGUUCAGUGUCCAGAGCCUUUGCUGUUAUUGUAUAUGGACAAUGAAAAUUGUAGCAUGGCAGCUCCCAUAAUUAUACAAUUAAAUAUGCUAAAAAAGCUAGCAUUAGUUUACUGUAAAGGGGACAUACAUCUUCCAUAGUAGUGUGGCUUCACACACAUUUUGCACACCUGCUUGCUUGAACCUGUAGUUUUGAAACUUCUGACCACUGCUUGUGCUGUUGUGGAGAAUAAAACAAACAGCAAUUUAUGGGGAAUAUUCUCUGCACUGGGCACAUGCUGCCAGUUACAGACAGACUCUGGUCAGAAGGGAAGGGUUUAGGGAAAAUGUAUGCUCCCUUUAAUAUCUAGUUAUGAUAAACUACAUAGAAGCUAGUACUUGCUUAUUAAAAGGCGGUACUUUCCGUUUAAUAUACCAUAUUUCUGCCUGGCAUGGGGUGUAUUUUAUGGCAACUUCCUGUCUGAGCAAUUGUGUUGCAUAUAAAGACAUAAUUGCCAGACAUGUUUACAGUUCUCAGGAGAAAACCAACCAUCAAAGGAGUUGUUUGCCUUCCAAACACUUUUUUCAGCUCAAUUGUUUUUUCAUUUUGUUCCCCAGAAAGAACACUUAUUUCAAUUACUUUCCAUUUUUUAUAAUUUUUCCAAAAUCUAAGCUUAAAGUGUAAUGUUUGAGUCUACCAGCGAGCCCCUCCCCUCCCAGAGCUACUUUACAAGGUGAAAAAUGAAACUUUAAGGCCCCCAUACACGGGCCGAUAAAAGCUGCCAACAGACAGAGUUGGCAGCUUAUUGGCCCAUGUGCGGGGCCAUCCGACAGGCUUUCCAGAUCUAGCCAAAAGUCGGCCAGAUCUCGAUUGGGCAUUUUAAAAAAUCCUGUCUGAUUGUGGCCGGAUCUGUGCAUUUAUGCGGACUGCCUGUAUCAGAUGCAUUAUGACCCCACAAUCGGAUCCGCCCAAUAUCGCCUACGUCUAUGGCCACCUUUACACUUCAGUAUUAGAAAAAUGGUUACACAUAGAAAAUAGAAAGUAAUUGGAAAAAGUUAUUUCUGGUGAACCAACUGAGCUGAAAAAAGUGUUGGAAGGUGCCCAAUACUUUUAAACACUAUACAUAUCUUAAAUACAGCUGCAAUAAAGAGAGAAAAAGCAAGCAGCCAAUUGAAGUAUUUUUCAUUGAGGAGCUUGUUGACUUUUCCCCACUACAAAGCAGCAGACCUGAUGCGACCCAUCUCCAUACACCCCAUCUGUUCCGCUUUCCAUGUAAAUGUUUCUAUUACCUUUUGAUGCUGAAUUAAUUUUUUAUUUUUUGCACUUUACCAAAUCGAAUUCUUAUAGAUUUGGGAUUGCGAUAUUGCUGGUUUGUAUUCCAGUCACAAUGUACUUUCUGUGGGGGGAAAAAAUAUUCCAUCCAGUAGAGUGUUCCACUAUGCAGUUUAUCAGGGACAAAAUCUUAUUGGUGAUGUACUUGAUGAAGGGGUAGUGUUUCAUACAUGGCAAACAGCAAAUAUGUCUUCUUAACCCAUUCAUAGCACUGACUCCGUUGAAUCCAUUACACUCCAAAUUCAGUCAUGAGUUUCUUGGCAUAGCAGUGGGGCUAUAGAAACUGUACAGACACAUAAAUGAUGUAUUGUACAGUGUUUAACAUAGUGAUCCAUUAGAACUCAGGAGUCUAAGCAGCUGCCAUGCUUUCUGCCUUGUCAUAAUACACAACUUUUAGUGGGAGGUAGAAUGCAUAGCUGUGUGCUCACAAAGGACCACUGAAACAUCACCUGUGCAUGUUACAUGUCUGUAAAUAUGUAUAAAUAAUAUGCAUUAGCUUAUCUCAGAAAGAACAUGCAAAUGAACAGGAGACUGGCUGAUCAGGCAGGUUUGCAGUAUGUCUCAUGGCUGUAUGUAUACGUUUUUCUCAAGCAGACACCAGGCCCUUUUACUGCUCGUCCACCAUGUUUCCAACCACUAAGGCUGACUUGUAUGAUGUCCAUUUCAUGUACUAGAUGAAACCGCCAGAUACCUUUGAGACACUAUUUUUUAAAUUAUAUGGAAAUGAAAGUAAAAUUAUUCUUUCUCCCUAUUGCAAAUUAAAUGUCUGUCAGAGUAACGAUGCAAACGGUAUUUUAGUCUAACAGAUGUAUAGAUUUUUUAUGUACAAAAGAAAAUAAAACCUUUUUUGUAGCGAAA